AACACACAAAUAGUGUCGUUAAACACAACUCAAAAACUUUAGCAUUUUGUUCAAACCUCAAUAAUAUGUUGAAAUUGGAUUCAGAAACACCGCUACCGUGGGUGAUCAUGUUACUUUGUAAUAUAUACAUGAUAAUAACUUGGGGCCUGUCAAUUGUAGGAGCAGUUUCAGAAUCGUUCAAGCUAAUCAGAAGUUCUUUAAUCAUGUGGACCAUUUUUAUUUUUGUUUGGAUGUCACUGUUUAUUUGGUCAGUGUUUCCUUCCGGCGUCAGUAACGUUUGCGUACGCGACCAUUGCCCAGAAAGUUUAUGGCUGGUAGACAACGCCUGGCAAGAGACCGUUUAUUGCGACGGAGCUAACGCUGCUAACCCUCCAGCCGAUAAUAACGACAAAGGACUUGGUGAAAACGUUACAGCGGCGACGGCGACAGUAAUAGCGCUCAAGUUUCGCGACAGUGAUACAAGUGGUACUCUGAAAGUUCUAGCACACCGGAGUACAGAGUCCAAUGAAUAUUAUGGACUUGGCGAAAACGUUACAGCGGCGACGACGACAGUAAAAGCGCUUAAGUUUCGCGACAGUGGUGAUACAAGUGGUAUUUUCAAAGUUCUAGCACACCACAGUACAGAGUUCAAUGAAUAUUAUGACGACCCCGACAACAGACUUUCCGCGCAAAACGUUACGACGACGGCAGUAAAAGCGCUUAAGUUUCGCGACAGUGAUACAAGUGGUACUUUGAAAGUUCUAGCACACCCGAGUACAGAGUCCAGUGAAUAUUAUGACGAUCCCGACAACAGACUUUCCGCGCAAACAUUCGAAAGCAACGGUAUGGGUCCAACACGAACACAAGCCAAGAAGAACAAAUACCGGAGCCAACAAAGCGCCAUCAUCAUCAUGGUGCUCACAUUGUUGAUGUUUUUCGGUUAUUUCAUAUUUGCGUGGGUGAUUCUUCGAAGUUACAUGAGGUGUUUAAAACAGAAAAUCAUAUGUGAAGCAUCAAGAACUGCCGGACAGCCCUGUGUAAAUGAAAUGCAUGGUAGCUGCUAA